GAGUAGGUCACACAUUAAGUGUCAAUUCAAGUGUGAUAUGUUACUCAAUAAUAUGUGUGAGUGCUUCAAUGACACAAUUCUUGAAGCUAGAACCAAGGGCAUAAUUAGCAUGAAUGAAAUGAUUAGAACACAAUUUAUGGCAAGAAUCCAAAAAAGAAGAGAUGUAAUGAGACAAUGCAAAACAGAACAGUGCCCUAACAUUUUGAAGAAGUUGGAAAAAUCCAAACAACUUACUUGGUCAUGUAAAACAACUUGGAAUGGUGGGGAUAAAUACCAAGUUGUGUGUAGAGAGGGUCAGUUCAUUGUUGAUUGUGAUGCACAAACUUGCACUUGUAGGAAAUGGCAGUUAACGGGUAUCCCAUGUCCUCAUGCAAUUUCAUCUCUAUAUUACAAUAAAAAAAGACCCGAGGAUUACCUAGAUGAGCAGUAUAAUAUUACCACUUACCUAGCAACUUAUGAACACAUCCUCCACCCAACACAAAGCUCUAACUGUUGGCCCAAAAGUCCACAAGGCCCCAUGAUUCCACCUGAACCAGCAAACAAAAACAGGGGUAGGAAACCUAUGCUAAGGAGGAAAGACCCACUUGAAGAAGACACUGGAUUUACAAAGGGGAAAGUCUGCAGGAAGAAAGUGACAAUCAAAUGCAGUAUUUGUGGGGUUGCAGGCCACAACAAGAGAUUCCAUGGACUACAAAACAAUACUCAAACUGGGAGACAAUUUGCUAUGAGCAUCUUUGGGGAUAGUCAAAAUUGUUUUAAAAAUGCAUUUGUAAUUUCUUAACUGCUAAUGAUAACCCAUUUAAUUUUGCUAGUGUGGUAGCACUAAGGAGGACCCCAUGGAGACCAUUGAUCCUCAGGUCCUUCAGGAGCAUAUUGUUGAGGUAUAUACGUGGGGUGAGUUUUUUAAUUUAUUAGAAACUAAUUCCAUUGUAAAUACUAGGCUGAAGUAAUGAGGGACAGCCAUGCAAGUGGGGAUAAUGCAGAUGGAAUUACACCUGGGAAUGAAGAACAACUAUCACAGGUUUUUUUUCUAACUUAGAAAAUGUGAAUACUGUAAGCUUUAGCUUAUAUUAACUUUGUCUGUGUUAAGGUAAUUGACAUACCUGUCGAGAGUCAUGUGGGAAUAC